AUGAAUAUUUUAUUGAGUGAUUUUACAAAUAAUGAAAUUACCUAUGUAUCUUACAUUUACAUGCAUGCGCCAUCUCUCGGUUCCGUUUUGUACAGUUAUCAGCAAAUUUAUUCCACAAACAAAUUUGCUACUUACACAGAUAUUAAUUUAUCUGAAUUUUCUGCCAUGGUGGAACCAAUGCCCAUGUACACUGUGAGAGUAAGUGAACAAUUAGUUCAAGCAGUUGCCAGUGUGGAACGUACUUACACUACACCAUUUUCAUUACCUACUCCAUACACUACUACCAUCGGUGAUGGAACUCUUUCUGAAGUAAUCUCUUACAUUUCCACCAAUGUCAAUGGAAAUGCUGAAACAAGAACAACUACCUCCACUCUUCCACCACCCUUUUCUCUUCCUGAACCAUACACAACCACUGUAGUAAAUGAUGGAACAACUAUCUCUGAAGUCAUUUCCUUUAUCUCCACUAAUAUUAAUGGAUCUCCAGCUACAGAAACAUCAAUUUCUGUCAUCCCCCCACCAUACUCACAGCCAACUGCCUAUAACACUACUUUAGUAUACGAUGAUGUUACUGUCACUGGUCUUGUUUCAUUUAGCCCAAAGAAUGCCGGAAAUGGAUUGACAAAGACCGCUGCCUUCACAUCUUUGUAUCCAGUGGAUAGAACACAUACUUUCACUGCUACUGAAAUAGACAUUGAAACGUCUACCACAACAGUUACUGAUGCCGCUGCCACUACUUACAGAACAGUCUGGACUACCACAACCGCCGCCGUCACCGUGAAAGCUCAAACUACAAUUACUGUCUAUGUUUAA